AUGGAAUGGGCUUGGAGUUCUUCUUCUCUCUCUUGGCUAAAUCUGAUCCUAUCAGGGACACCUCUCAUUCUUCUCAUCCUCAUCCAUACCCAGAGGAGGAGACAGGCGGAGGAGCUUCAUUCCAGUAAACUCCGGCCACCAGGUCCUCCGGGAUGGCCAGUGGUAGGCAACAUAUUUGACCUCGGAGAACUGCCACAUCAGACAUUGUGUAAGCUCCGGGAUAAGUUCGGGCCUGUUAUUUGGCUGCAGUUAGGAUCGGUUGGAACACUUGUAGUCAACUCAGCCGAUUCUGCGGCCAAACUCUUCAAAAGCCACGACCUAGCCUUCUCCGACCGUAGAUGCCCCGAUGCACUAACUGUCCACGGUUACAAUCAUGGGUCAAUUGCCAUUGGAAACUACAGCCCAUACAUGCGCGUAUUCAAGCGGAUUGGUGCCAUGGAAUUCAACGCGGUAAAGAGAGUAAACGAGAGUGUUGACGUCCGAAGAAAGUGUGUCGAUAACAUGAUCACUUGGAUCGAAGAAGCGGCCAUGAAAUCUCAUUCAAGUGGGCGGAACGGGGAGAUAGAGAUUUCUCAUUUUGUCUUCCUUGUGGCUUUCAAUAUAGUUGGGAAUAUGAUAUUCUCCGAGGACAUAAUAGAUUCGGAAACCAAGGAAUGGAAAGAAUUCUUUGAUUCAAUGAAUAAGGUCAUGGAAUGGACUGGCAAGCCUAACUUAUCGGAUUAUUUCCCAUUGUUGAAGAUGUUAGAUCCGUUGGGAAUAAAGAAGGCAAUGAAUAAGGACAUGGAAAGAUGCUUGGAGAUCGUAGCGAAUUUUGUGAAGGAGAGGAUGGUGGUUCGAGAGGAGAGAUUCAAGAGGAAAGAUGGUAAGGAGAAGAAGGAUUUCCUUGAUGUUCUAUUGGAGUUUGAAGGUGACAAAAGAGAUAGUCUUGGUAGGAUUUCCGAGGAAAACCUCAAUAUAAUUUUAACGGUAAGCUAG